AUGUGCGACGAAAACACUUCGACUUUUGGUGAGUUCUGGAAAAUGUCCCGGCGUGCCCCAGCGAUAAAAAUCAGAAUUUUUGGGAUUUCUCAUGAAAUUUGGGCCAUUUUGAUACUAAAAAUGAUAUAUUUUGCUAAAAAACUACUUUUAGGGCACUUUGUCCCAGCGCUAGGACAAAUUUUGGGUUUUCAUGAAACCCACGAGAUUCCUGAUGAAAAUCCGGUCAUUUUGAUAUCCCAUAAGGUAUACUUUCUAUCGCCGGGACAUCCUGUCGUAGCGCUGGGACAAGGUGUCCCCGCGAUAGAAAGUGUACCUUGUGGGAUAUCAAAAUUCCGCAAAUUUCACAAGGAACUCGAAAAUCACUAUAAAAAUGUCCGAUUUUGUCCCAGCGACCCGGAAAAUGUCUCAAUUUUAUUUUUCUAGGUGAAUGUCUGCCGAUCAAGAUGAACAAGAAAAUCUCGAUCUAUGCCGAGUUCACCGAAUUCACUCGCAAACAAAUUCAAUACUUUUUGGACACCUUCAAGAAAUACGAUGAGGAUUCUGAUAAUUUUAUCAAUUUUGAAGAAUUGAAACGGAUGAUGGAGCGAUUAGGAGAGGCGCAAACACAUAUUGCGUUGAAGGAAUUGAUUAAAAAGGUUGGUGGCAUCGUUUUCAGCGUGAAAUUUAAGCCAGGAAACGUUUUACACGUCCGCUAGCGCAGUUGGUUAGAGCUUGAACUGGUGACUGAAAGGUCACAGGUUCGAACCCCACUGCCUGCGAAACUUUUUAUUUUUUUUUAGAAAAAAGUGUUCUAGACCAAAAUUUCACGCUAAUCACUCUCCCGCCACCUAAAAUCCACAAAAACUUACCCUAAUUCCAUUUUUCUCACAGGUCGACGAAGAUGGCGAUGGAAAAAUCUCACAACGUGAAUUUUUGCUGAUUUUCCGCCUUGCUGCAACCGGCGAAUUGUCGUGUUCGGAAAUUUUCAAAACACUCGCGGAAAGUGUCGAUGUGGCAAAGGAGGGUGUUUUGGGAGCGGCUAACUUUUUCCAAGCUAAGGUUGGUGCAUUUUGAGGAGUGGAUUUGGAAUUUUUAAAGGAUUUGGAGCAUUUUGAGUGCAAAUUUGGGAAAAAUUGGAAUUUUCAAGUAUUUUUGAGCCUGGAAAAGUGAUUUUCAGCUGAAUUUGAGCUAAGAUCGAUUUUUGGUUGAAAAUUUUAGAUUUUUUUUCAUGUUUGGACUCAAAAAUUUCGAAAUUUCAUGAAAAUUAGGAUUCCAGAGGUGAAGAAACUUGAAAAAUGAAAUUUUCAGCGAAAAUUAGCCUAGAAAUGUGUGAAAAUCAAUUUUUUGGUUGAAAAUUUCUGAUUUUUUUCAUGUUUAGACUCAAAAAAUCUCGAAAUUUCAUGAAAAAUAAGAUUUUAAAAGCGAAGAAACUUGAAAAAUGAUAUUUUCAGCAAAAAUUAGCCUAGGAUUUUCUGAAAACCGAUGAUUGGCUGGAAAUUUCAGAUUUUUUUCAUGUUUGGACUCAAAAAUCUCGAAAUUUCAUGAAAAAUUAGAAUUCCGGGGGUGAAAACAGGAAAAAUCAUGAUUUUCAGCUGAAAUCAGCCUAGGAAUUUCUGAAAACCGAUUUUUGACUGAAAAUUUCUGAUUUUUUUCAUGUUUGGACUCGAAAAUUUUCAGAUUUCAUGAAAAAUUCAAAUUUUCAGCCAAAAAAUCAAAAUUUCCAGAUCGAAGAGCAAACAAAACUCUCGAAAUUCGAGGAGGAAAUGAAGCUGGAAAAGGAGGAAAAAUUGCGAAUUGAGGAAGAAAAAAAGGCGCGACGCGAGAAAUUUUUGGCCUCAAAAUCCAUUUUUCACUGA